AUGGCAUCCACCACAGCAAUCCAAAAGAUCUUCGCGCAAGUCCAUUCCGCCAGUGGUUUGGCCUUUCCGAACACCGUUUCCGCUCUCCUCACACUAGGAGUGACUCGCUAUCACAUCGACUACACCGCGGGCACGGCCACCACAUAUAAAGCGAAAACUUCUGGUGAAAGCCAAGAAGUGGAAAUCGAACAAGUCAACAUCCCUUCACCCGCGAUGUCUCCGCGCACUUCGUGGUCUAAGGACGGCGUCGUCAAGGCGAUAAGGCGGGUGCAGGCUGGGGAAACCAAGUAUGCGGCGUUUGCCCAGGAGUGCGCUGAUUCUGGGGUGACGGGGUAUUUGGCGUUUUUGAGUGGUAAGAAUGUCUUGUACUAUGGGUCCGAGGGAGACGUUCAUGUUGAGUGGUUUCCUGGCGCGGGCCCAAAGGUGGAUUGA